CUGGCCAAGGCCGGGCAGCUGGGUCUGCUCCGCCAGCUCGCGGCGCUCUCAGGUGAGAGCACCCGCCCAGGACGUGCAGACGGUGCACGAUGUCCCCUCGGGGCAGUGAGGGGCCGUGGCCCUCGGGCUGGACCCACCGCAGCCACGCCCCGCAGCCGGCACCCCGGGGUCCGAGUGCAGCGCAGCCUCGCGCGUCCGCUGGAGCCACGGUCUGACCCGGGGGACCUGCCCGCGCCCCGCGCCGGGUGCCCUGAGCGCCAAUGGGCCUGUGCUACAGCCUGCGACCGCUGCUCUUCGGGAGCUCGGGGGAUGCACCCUGCACCGCGGACGACCGGCGCUCGGAGGACGCACAGUCCAGCGCCGCCCCAACAACCCCAGCCCCGGCCCCGGUGCCAGCCUCGGCUCCAGCGGGGAUUCUGCUCCGGCGAGGCGGCGGCCGGAACCCGGCGAACGCUCGGCCGGUAGUAGAACUGCAGAGCCGGCGGCGACAGGAGCAGCUGCGCGCCGAGGAGCGGGAGGCGGCAAAGGAGGCGAGGAAAGUGAGCCGAGGCAUCGACCGCAUGCUGCGCGAACAGAAGCGAGACCUGCAGCAGACGCACCGGCUCCUGCUGCUGGGGGCUGGUGAGUCAGGGAAAAGCACCAUCGUCAAACAGAUGAGGAUUCUGCACGUCAACGGCUUCAACCCUGAGGAAAAGAAGCAGAAAAUUCUGGACAUCAGGAAAAAUGUCAAAGAUGCAAUCGUGACGAUCGUCUCAGCAAUGAGUACUAUAAUACCUCCAGUUCCACUGGCCAACCCUGAGAACCAGUUUCGAUCUGAUUAUAUCAAGAGCAUAGCCCCUAUCACCGACUUUGAAUAUUCCCAGGAGUUCUUCGAUCACGUGAAGAAGCUGUGGGACGAUGAGGGGGUGAAGGCCUGCUUUGAGAGAUCCAACGAGUACCAGCUGAUUGACUGUGCACAAUACUUCCUGGAAAGGAUUGACAGCGUCAGUCUGGUUGACUACACACCCACAGACCAGGACCUCCUCAGAUGCAGAGUGCUGACUUCAGGAAUUUUUGAGACACGAUUCCAAGUUGACAAAGUGAACUUUCACAUGUUCGAUGUUGGUGGCCAGAGGGACGAGAGAAGAAAAUGGAUCCAGUGCUUUAAUGAUGUCACUGCCAUCAUUUAUGUGGCAGCCUGCAGCAGCUACAACAUGGUGAUCCGAGAGGAUAACAACACCAACAGACUGAGGGAAUCGCUGGACCUGUUUGAAAGCAUCUGGAAUAACAGGUGGUUGCGGACCAUUUCUAUCAUCUUGUUCUUGAACAAGCAAGAUAUGCUGGCAGAAAAGGUCUUGGCAGGGAAAUCAAAAAUUGAAGACUAUUUCCCCGAGUAUGCCAAUUAUACUGUCCCGGAAGAUGCAACACCAGAUGCGGGAGAAGAUCCCAAAGUCACCAGAGCCAAGUUCUUUAUCCGAGAUCUGUUUUUGAGGAUCAGCACAGCCACGGGCGAUGGCAAACAUUACUGCUACCCUCACUUCACCUGCGCCGUGGACACAGAGAACAUCCGCAGAGUGUUCAACGAUUGUCGUGACAUCAUCCAGAGGAUGCACCUCAAGCAGUAUGAACUCUUGUGAGGGCUGCCCACCCCUCCCCCUCACUGCCGCCUCUCCUCCCUCUUGGCCACCCCCCUGAGGCGGUGUGUAUCUCCCUAGCCUGCCUGUCUGUCCACCCCGAGCCAUGGUAGGGCGUAGUGUUUAGUGUCACCGGGCUGCCCCCUGUCCUGUCCUCGGUAUGCCUACGUGUGACCACCAAGCCUUUGGCUACCUCUGACCCCCCCCAGGUUUGGUCUCUGUAGCUUCUGUUUCUCACUGGACUAACCGGCCUCCCACCACCAAUUUGUAUCACUGCAAAGCUACCAACUCUCACGUGGGUGAUACUGCAGUGAAGUGUCUCUGAGUGGGAACCUAUUUUUUCUUUGGCCGAUGGGCAUAAAGACGGCGUGGUGAAUGGGGGAAAUACAUUGUUUUCAAGUUCUUAAGCAUGAUCACAAAACUGUCCACACAGUGCCAUGCACUGCGGCUCUUCCUGGUUUUUCCUUUAUGAAACGUCAGGCUAGCAGGUAGCUCUGCCCCUUCUGACCUGCAUCAGCCCAAGGCAUAGAGUAGACCCAAGCCAGCAACAGAGCAAGAGGAACUCUUUUCAGCCACAGUGGCUGUAAGCCUCGGGCAUUUGGAGUAGUGUUUCUUGGAGCCUUUUACAUGGAGGCAGAAACCCUGCCGCACUCACUACUGCAAAUUGUAUCCUGUCUAUAAACAAAGGUGUCCUCCACACCUUCCUGAGA